AUAUUGAUUUAAACGUUCAAGAAUGAUUAUUUUAGGCUUAUUUACAUUGGUAUUGAUUCAUAGUGAUUAGCCUAAUCAAUAAGAUCCAAUGUGAUGUGAGAAAGGCUACAGGGCUAUGAGGUAUGGUAUUAUUGUUAUCGGUGAUUGACAGCACAUUAAGGUGAUUAUUAUCUACAGUAGUUUUUUUUUAAUGAACAAUAGUCCCUCUCAUCAAUUCGGUAAAAAGUGACGUGCGGUAAUGGGCAUUGAAUCUUUACGUGACCGGCCUCCUUGAUUCGGUCUUAUAUAGCAACAUUUGAAAAUGUGUUUUUUACAUUGGAAAAAAAUCAGAGACAGAGAUACAAAAUGGUGUAUCAUACUCUGCAUUUGAGGAACAAUGGGAAAGUAAUUCUGCUUUGAAAGUUGAAACCCCACCAUUGAGAAAAUGGCCCCUGAAUGUUUAGGUGCACCUACUGGAGAGCUCUCCUUUGUCUCCACCCAUUCAGCAUUGUUCACACCCCCUUUAAGUCUUAACCCCACCCAUCUGUUUAAGGAUUCACAUGUGAGGUCAUGUGAUAAACAGUGAGUAGUGUAGUAAAGAUUAAGACUAAAAGUAGUAGCCUACAAUAAGGAACAAUUCCAGAUCAACAGAAAGUGUCCAGAUAUAUAUAUUGUAUAAAUGUUAGAUGAUGCUAAUCGAGACACUAAACUGAUGGGUCAUGUGAUAGAAAUGCUAUACCCCCCAGCCACAUCUAGCAACGUGGAUGGGUCAUGUGAUAGAAAUGCUAUACCCACCAGCCACAUCUAGCUACGUGGAUUGGUCAUGUGAUAGAAAUGCUAUACCCCCCAGCCACAUCUAGCAACGUGGAUGGGUCAUGUGAUAGAAAUGCUAUACCCCCCAGCCACAUCUAGCAACGUGGAUUGGUCAUGUGAUAGAAAUGCUAUACCCCCCAGCCACAUCUAGCAACGUGGAUGGGUCUCUACAGAAACCUGGUCCCGACUGAGUCCCAACGCUCCUUGGUGACAACAACACCAGGCUUCAGAGCAUCAAUGCUGUAAAACAGGAAAUAACUAAACCAAUUGAGAAGACAUGACAACCUUGCAUAACAUCAAUUCACCUCCCGAGUUUAGAUAUGAAGAAUAACCUCAUACAAUGCAAUGAAAAUGAUAUUCAUCUGAAGUGCUGGUACUUCUUGAUCUGUGGCAGUGGCCUGAAGACCGGAGUCAGGUGUUGUUGCCAGCCAUAACUUUCCACCAGCACCGUACCAUCCUCCAGUCCAACCAGCUGUGGGAUGGUGACCCCUGUCACUGUGCUGUUCUUCACAACACCAGCAAUCUCAGACAAAGUGUUCACUCUGGUCUUUCUGAAGCGCUGCUUGAUGAGGCCGAAGGGUUAGGAUGAAAUACCUGUCAGCUAUUUUAACAGUCUGUAAUGUCUACUUGGUAAAUGUUUAUAAUGUCUACUACCGUCUUUCAAUGUAAACUGUAAAGUCGAUGUCUGUAAUGUAUUUUAGUUAGUUGUGUUUGGACCCCAGGUGUUAUGGAGUCAGCUAAUGGGGAUCCAACCAGGUAGAAUAGCUGUUGUUAUGGAGUCAGGGGAUCCAACCAGGUGGACUAGCUGUUGUUAUGGAGUCAGGGGAUCCAACCAGGUAGACUAGCUGUUGUUAUGGAGUCAGCUAAUGGGGAUCCAACCAGGUAGACUAGCUGUUGUUAUGGAGUCAGGGGAUCCAACCAGGUAGACUAGCUGUUGUUAUGGAGUCAGGGGAUCCAAUCAGGUAGACUAGCUGUUGUUAUGGAGUCAGCUAAUGGGGAUCCAACCAGGUAGACUAGCUGUUGUUAAGAAAUCAGGGGAUCCAACCAGGUAGACUAGCUGUUGUUAUGGACUCAGGGGAUCCAACCAGGUAGACUAGCUGUUGUUAUGAAAUCAGGGGAUCCAACCAGGUAGACUAGCUGUUGUUAUGAAAUCAGGGGAUCCAACCAGGUAGACUAGCUGUUGUUAUGGACUCAGGGGAUCCAACCAGGUAGACUAGCUGUUGUUAUGGACUCAGGGGAUCCAACCAGGUAGACUAGCUGUUGUUAUGGACUCAGGGGAUCCAACCAGGUAGACUAGCUGUUGUUAUGGACUCAGGGGAUCCAACCAGGUAGACUAGCUGUUGUUAUGGAGUCAGGGGAUCUAACCAGGUAGACUAGCUGUUGUUCUGGACUCAGGGGAUCCAACCAGGUAGACUAGCUGUUGUUAUGGACUCAGGGGAUCCAACCAGGUAGACUAGCUGUUGUUAUGGAGUCAGGGGAUCUAACCAGGUAGACUAGCUGUUGUUCUGGAGUCAGCGAGUGGGGAUCUAACCAGGUAGACUAGCUGUUGUUAUGGUGUCAGGGGAUCCAACCAGGUAGACUAGCUGUUGUUAUGGUGUCAGGGGAUCCAACCAGGUAGACUAGCUGUUGUUAUGGUGUCAGGGGAUCCAACCAGGUAGACUAGCUGUUGUUAUGGUGUCAGGGCAUCCAACCAGGUAGACUAGCUGUUGUUAUGGGGUCAAUAUUAAUAAUAUUGGACUGUGUAUGUUUAAAUGCAACAAGAAGUAUCUGAACUCUGACCUCUGACAAUAAAAGUGUUGUCAUUGUUAAUGGUUCUUCAAUGUUCAGACAUACUGUUCUGUUAUUACUUAUUGUAGCUGAGUGAGCUGUGACUUACAUCUAAAACGAGUCUCUCUGGGGGGAGAGAGGAGGGGACUACUGCCUCUACAAUGAGUCUCUCUGGGGAGAGAAAGGAGGGGACUACUGCCUCUAAAAUGACUCAAGACACCAGUUCAAAGAGUGUCCAGAAGCCCAGAGCAGAGUCCCCUACAACCAGCCUGCUAUCAAUGAAGAGUGAUCAGCCACCUGCUUUCAGCCAGGAACCAUUACCAGAUGACAAUAAGGAAGUGGAGAGUUUGGACAGUGAGGAUGCAUUAAAGAUCACACACAACCUUCUGGACAGAAGAAGUCAAACUCUGCUGACAGUCCAACAAGAGAUUAAGGCUAAACUGAAACACAAGUAUCAACACAUAUCUGAAGGAAUUGGACACCAUGGAAACCAAAGUCUGUUCAAGGACAUAUACACAGACCUCUACAUCACAGAGGGUGGAAGUGGAGGGCUCAAUAAUGAACAUGAGGUUAGACAGAUAGAGAUGGCAUCCAAGAAACGAACCACACAAGAGACACCAAUCAAAUGCAACGACAUCUUCAAGCCUUUACCUGGACAAGACAAACCUAUCAGAACUGUGCUGACAAAAGGAAUCGCUGGUGUUGGAAAAACAGUCUCUGUGCAGAAGGUCAUCCUUGACUGGGCAGAGGGAAAAGCAAAUCAGGACGUUCAUUUCAUGUUUCCUCUUCCUUUCCGUGAUCUGAACCUGAAAAAGGAACAAUACAGUCUGAUGCAACUUCUUUCCUACUACUUCUCAGAGAUGAAAGAGAUUGACAGCAUUGAAGAUGGUGAAACCAAAAACGUUUUCAUUUUUGAUGGUCUGGAUGAGUGUCGACUUCCUCUAGACUUCAAAAACAAUGAGAAGUGCUCUGAAGUCACGAAGCCAACCUCAGUGGACGUGCUGCUGACAAACCUCAUCAAGGGGAAUUUGCUUCCCUCUGCUCUACUCUGGAUAACUUCACGACCUGCAGCAGCCAAUCAGAUCCCUCCUGAGUGCGUUGACCAGGUGACUGAGGUACGAGGGUUCAAUGAUCCACAGAAGAAGGAGUACUUCAGGAAGAAAAUCAAAGAUCAGAAUCUGGCCAAUGAAAUCAUCAAACACAUGAAGACAUCAAGGAGCCUCCACAUCAUGUGCCACAUGCCAGUGUUCUGUUGGAUAUCAGCCACUGUCCUUGAGAUGAUGCUGAAAGAGGCAGAGAAGGAUGAAGUCCCCAAAACUCUGACCCAGAUGUACUCACACUUCAUACUCAUCCAAAUCAUUGCGAAGAACAAGAAGUACAACAAAGCCACAGAGACAAACGCAAAGGAACUGUCUCAGUCAGACAAAGAGAUGAUCCUGAAACUGGCAAAACUUGCUUUCCAACAGCUGCAGAAGGGCAACCUGAUCUUCUAUGAGGAGGAACUGAGAGAGUGUGGCCUUGAUGUCACAGAGGCAUCAGAGUACUCAGCAUUGUGUACAGAGAUCUUUAAAGAGGAAUCUGGGCUGUACCAAGACAAGGUCUACAGCUUUGUGCAUCUGAGCAUUCAGGAGUUUCUAGCAGCAGUGCAUGCUUUAGAAUCAUGUCUGGACAAGAAGGAAAAUGUUUUCUCCCCCACUAGUGAUGAUGAAGAGAAAGAAUCAAUCCAGUUGUCUGACUUACACAGGAGAGCAGUGGACCAGGCCUUGAAGAGUGAGAAUGGACACCUGGACCUGUUCCUCCGCUUCCUUCUGGGUCUCUCACUGGAGUCCAAUCAGAAUCUGUUACGAGGCCUUCUGACACAGACAGGAAGGACAACACAGACCAAUGCAGUUGAGAGAACAGCCAGGUACCUUUCAAACAAGAUCAAGAAGGAAUCCUCACCAGAAAGGAUCAUCAACUUGUUCCACUGUCUGAAUGAACUUGGUGCCAACUCUCUAGUUGAAGACAUGCAGACCUCCCUGCGAUCAGGAACUCUUUCAGAAACAAUACUAGAACCUGACCAAUGUUCAGCCCUGGCCUACCUGUUACUGAUGUCAGAGGAGGUGCUGGAGGAGUUUGACCUGAAGACAUACAACACGUCAAAGGAAGGUUAUCAGAGGUUGCUGUCGGUAGUGAGAACCUGUAAGAGAGCACUACUAGCUGGCUGUAAACUCACAUAUAAAUCCUGUGAGACUCUGACCUCAUCUCUGCAGACACCAAACUCCCCCCUGAGAGAACUGGACCUCAGCUACAAUGACCUGGGAGACAGAGGGGUGGAGCUGCUCUGUGUUGGACUAACCAGUCCACUCCGCAACAUACAGACACUAGUACUAGCUGGCUGUAAACUCACAUAUGAAUCCUGUGAGACUCUGGCCUCAGCUCUGCAGACACCAAACUCCCCCCUGAGAGAACUGGACCUCAGCUACAAUGACCUGGGAGACAGUGGAGUGGAGCUGCUCUGUGUUGGACUAACCAGUCCACUCCGCAACAUAGAGAGACUUGUACUGGAUCACUGUGACCUCACAUAUGAAUCCUGUGAGAUUCUGACCUCAGCUCUGCAGACACCAAAUUCCCCCCUGAGAGAACUGGACCUCAGCCACAACAAUGACCUGGGAGACAGAGGAGUGGAGCUGCUCUGUGUUGGACUAACCAGUCCACUCUGCAACAUACAGACACUAGUUCUAGGUCACUGUGGUCUGACAGAGGGUUGCUGUUCAGAUCUGGCCUCAGUCCUGAGUUCACCCAACUCACAACUGAAACAACUGGAGCUGAGAGACAAUGACCUGCAGGACUCAGGAGUUACACUGCUGUCUGCUGGACUGGAGGCUCCAGACUGUAAACUACACACACUGGGGCUGUCUGGCUGUCUGGUCACAGAGGAGGGCUGUGCUGCUCUGUCUUCAGCUCUGAGGUCAAACCCCUCCCUCCUGAAAGAGCUGGACCUGAGCUACAAUCACCCAGGAGACUCUGCAGUGGGACUGCUUUCAGCUGCUCUGGUGGAUCCCACAUAUAAACUGAUGAAGCUGAAUGUGGAUCAUGGUGGAGAGUGCAGGCUGAAAUCAGGUCCGAGGAAAUAUGCCUGUCAUCUCACCUUGGACCCAAGGACAGCAAACCCAAACCUGAUACUGUCUGAGGGGAACAGGAAGGUGACACCGGUGGUGGAGGAGCAGCAUUAUGAAGACCAUCCAGACAGAUUUGACCGUUAUCGCCAAGUUCUCUGCAGAGAAGGCUUAUCUGAUUCUCGUUAUUACUGGGAGGUGGACUGGGAUGGUGGUGGGCCUGCUAUUGGUGUGGUGUACAAAGGAAUGUUGGGAAGGGCUGGCAUUUGUAUUGGACUCACCAGCAAUUCCUGGUGUAUGUACUGCUCUGACAGCGUUUAUGACUUUUACAAUGCUGGAGUCCAUAGUAGAUCCAUUCUUGGCCCUGUAUCUAGCAGAGUAGGAGUGUAUCUGGACUGGCCAGCUGGUACUUUGUCCUUCUAUAGUGUGUCCUCCUCUGGUACACUGACACACCUUUACACAUUCUACACCACGUUCACUGAACCCCUCUAUCCUGGAUUUGGGUUUCUUUUGUUGAAAACCUCCUCAGUGACCCUGUAUCAGAUCAACGACAUUCAAAGAGACCAUGGUGGAGAGAGUUGGAUCAAGCCUGGACCUGAGGAUACCGGAGACUAUGGUGGAGAGAGUUGGAUCAAGCCUGGACCUGAGGACACCAGAGACCAUGGUGGAGAGAGUUGUAUCAAGUCUGGACCUGAGGACACCGGAGACCAUGGUGGAGAGUUGGAUCAAGCCUGGACCUGA